AUGAAUGAAUUAGUGGCACCUAAUCCUUUACCAAAUCCACUACAUCAUAUUCAAACAUGUGAAGAGACAAGUAUUGUGCUGACAAAGCCAUUCUCAUUUGGAAAUGAAUCAGAUUCUGAAGAUUAUAAUGCCACUAACCUGUUGAAGCGCACAUUAAGUCUACUUAAGAAUGUACGGCCAGGAUCUGAUCUCUCUCGCUUCGAGCUGCCUCCUCUAUUCAACUUCCCAAAGUCACAACUUCAGUGCUAUGGUGAAUCUAUAUAUUCCACAGCUUCAGACUUGCUAAGCAGAUGCAACAAUGGUCAUAGUCCACUUGAAAGACUCAUAUCUGUUGUUGCAUGGAGCAUAUCUACCACACGCCCUGCAAUUUUUGGAGUUGCUCCCUACAAUCCCAUUCUUGGAGAGACCCAUCAUGUUUCCAAAGGAAAUCUUAAUGUCCUAGCAGAGCAGGUUUCACACCACCCUCCUGUAUCUGCCCUCCAUGCAACUGAUGAGAAAGAAAACAUAGAAAUUAUAUGGUGCCAGUAUCCUGUUCCAAAGUUCAAUGGUACUUCAGUGGAAGCUCAAGUGCAUGGCAAACGGAAGCUGAAGCUCCUCAAUCAUGGAGAGACAUAUGAAAUGAAUUCCCCUCACCUUUUGAUUAAAAUUCUUCCAGUUCCUGGAACUGAUUGGGUUGGCAAUGUCAAUAUCAAGUGCAUAGAAACUGGCCUUGUGGCGGAGUUAUGCUACAUGAGUCAAUCUUUCCUUCGAUUUGGGGGAAGUAGAAGAUUGAUGAAGGGAAAGAUCAUUGACUCAUCUUCAUUGAAGGUUCUCUAUGAAGUUAAAGGUCAUUGGGAUAGUACUGUAACACUGAAGGAUACAAACAAUGCAGGAGUAAGAGUGAUAUACGAUGCAAAAGAAAUUAUUUCAGGACUUCAAGCUCCUACUGUCAAGGAUGCAAAGUGUGUGUGGCCAACUGAAUCAGCUCUUAUUUGGAGUGAGUUGAGCCAAGCCAUCAUGAGCAAAGACUGGGUAAAAGCAAGAGCAGCAAAGAAAGUUGUGGAGGAAAGACAGAGGGAGCAAUUGAGAGAAAGAGAGUCAAAAGGAGAAACAUGGAUUCCUAAGCAUUUUAUACUGUCUCAAAGCAAAGAGGGGGUCUGGGACUGUUUACCUAUUCAAAAGUGGGUCCCAGCCUCUCCUAUUGUUACCUUGUAA